AUCGAUUUUUUUCUUCCGUUUGAUAUCUACCAUCUUCGCUCUUUCGAGUCAGUCCACAAAAAACCAGAAAUUUCGUGGUUUUCUUGGAUUUUAACUAAUCUAACGGUCUUUCCUCUGUCUCACGUAUGCUCCCUUCUGUCAUCCUAUAGCCCAACUGCCGAUAUGCUCCCCAAAGUUCGGCAUUUACGGCUAUUUCACCAAAUCAAUGCAAAUAACACGGCUCUCCGAAAGGGGUACAUCGCGCGCAAUUAUCCGUAUCUAGCUUUUCGUCUUCCUCGUCGUACGAUGGCUAGUUCUACAACCAAAAUCGACGGUACAGCCAUUGCCAAAUCUGUUCGCGAUGGAGUAGCAGCCCGCAUCAAGUCGAAGCAAGAGACAUUCCCGCGAUUUCAGCCUCAGCUGGCCAUCAUUCAGGCCGGCCAACGUCCGGACUCGUCAACAUAUGUCCGGAUGAAGGCGAAGGCUGCAGAGGAAGUUGGCAUUAAGUUCAAGCAUGUUGCACUUCCUGCUGAGGCUACCGUCGACGAGGUUGUGGAGGCCAUUAAGCGUCUUAAUGAUGACGAAAGCGUUAGCGGUGUUCUGGUGCAACUUCCUUUAGGCGAACAUGUCACCCCCGAGGGCGAAAGACUAGUGACUGAGGCAGUCAGCCCCGAAAAGGAUGUAGACGGAUUCCACGCGUACAAUAUUGGCCACCUUUCAUCUCGGGCUUCCGAUCCUAUCUUCGCCCCUGGCACACCUUCUGCGGUCAUCCGACUUCUGGAAACCACCGGUGUCUCGAUAUCUGGUGCUCAUGCUGUUGUACUUGGUCGUAGUGAUAUCGUGGGCAGUCCUGUGGCCUCGAUGCUCAGACACAAAGAUGCGACGGUUACCCAGUGUCACAGCCGGACAAAGGAUAUCGAAUCAAUUAUCAAAACCGCCGAUAUCCUCGUAGCUGCCAUCGGUAAACCAGAAUUUGUUAAAGGGUCUUGGAUCAAGCCUGGCGCCGUCGUUAUUGACGUUGGUAUCAAUUAUGUUCCUGAUGCCACCAAGAAGUCCGGUCAGCGUCUUGUCGGGGAUGUGGAAUACUCAACCGCAUUUGGGGUUGCCUCAUUUAUCACACCGGUACCAGGCGGUGUUGGCCCUAUGACCGUCGCGAUGCUUAUGGAAAACACUUUGAAGGAUAGGAAAGUGAAACCAUUGAAGCUCAAUAUUCUUGAGAAAGUUCCCAGUGACAUCGAAAUUGCCAUGGCACAGACACCAAAACCUGUUGCCGAACUCGCCAAGGAAUUGGGACUGCUUCCGGAUGAAGUGGAAAGUUAUGGCAAGUACAAAGCUAAAAUUGAACUUAGCGUUCUGGAUCGCCUAGCUUAUCGUAAGGAUGGAAAAUAUAUUGUAAUCUCUGGAAUUACCCCUACACCGCUUGGAGAAGGCAAAUCUACAACGACAAUCGGUCUGGCACAGGCGUUGGGUGCCGAAUUGGGGCGACCAGCGUUUGCAUGUGUCCGUCAACCGAGUCAAGGACCUACCUUUGGAAUUAAGGGCGGUGCUGCAGGUGGAGGUUACAGUCAAGUUAUUCCCAUGGACGAAGUAAACAUCUCCUUCGCAUUCCAUGUUAAUUUAGCGGCUGCUCUCGACGCUCGCAUAUUCCAUGAGGCCACACAAUCAGACAAGGCCCUUUUCAGCCGUCUGGUUCCUACGAAGAAGGGUAAACGCGAAUUUGCGCCCUUAAUGCUCAAGCGUCUGAAAAAGUUGGGCAUCGAUAAGACCGAUCCGAACUCUUUGACACCCGAAGAAAUCACCCGCUUUGCUCGUCUUGAUGUCGAUUUGGAUACAAUCACAUGGAACCGGGUCCUCGACACUAAUGACCGCUUUUUGCGGAAGAUCACGAUUGGCCAGAAUUUCACUGAACAGGGACAUGAGCGCGUCACUGGGUUUGAUAUUGCCGUGGCAAGUGAAUGCAUGGCUGUCCUGGCGCUUACUACUGGUCUUGAAGAUAUGAAGGAACGUCUUGGAGCGAUGGUGGUCGCCACAAGUAAACAAGGGGAUGCUAUCACCGCCGACGACAUUGGUGUUUCAGGCGCUCUUGCUGUUCUUCUCAAGGAUGCUAUCAAGCCCAACUUGAUGCAGACUCUACAGGGAACCCCGGUUUUCGUCCAUGCGGGACCUUUUGCUAACAUCGCUCAUGGCAACUCUUCCAUUCUUGCUGAUCGUGUCGCUCUCAAGCUCGCGGGCACCGAGGAAGGUGAUUCCUUUGAUCGCGUCGGCUAUGUCCUCACCGAGGGUGGCUUCGGGGCUGAUAUGGGGAUGGAGAAAUUCUGCAACAUCAAGUGCAGAGUCAGCGGCCUUACUCCUGAUGCUACUGUCAUUGUUGCGACCACUCGCGCCUUGAAAAUGCAUGGCGGCGGACCUGACGUGACCCCUGGAAAGCCUCUCCACGAGACAUAUACCAAGGAGGACCCUGUUACGUUAAAGGAAGGAUGCAAGAACUUGGUUAAACACAUCCAAAACUCCAAGAAAUUCGGAAUCAAGGUCUUGGUCGCUAUCAAUCAGUUUGCAUCCGACACGCCGGCAGAGCUUGCUCUUGUUCGCGAUGAGGCUCUUGCCGGAGGUGCAGAUGCUGCUGUUGUGAGCAACCAUUGGGCUGAAGGUGGCGCUGGUGCUCGCGCUUUAGCCGAAGCUGUGAUCACCACCUGUGAAGGUCCCUCGCAAUUCAGAUAUCUCUACGAUUUGGAUUUGCCGAUCGCUGAAAAGAUUUCCAUCAUAUCCAAGGAAAUCUAUGGCGCGGAUGGUAUUGAACUCAGUGAACUCGCUCAGAAGCAAAUAGAUACCUAUACCCGUCAAGGCUAUCAAGGCCUUCCUAUCUGCAUGGCCAAGACCCAGUACUCGUUCUCCCAUGAUCCUAAACUCAAGGGAGUGCCAACAGGCUUUACGAUUCCUAUUCGGUCAGUACGGCUGUCGGCUGGUGCUGGUUUCUUGUACCCUAUCCUCGGAGACAUGCAAACUAUGCCUGGCCUUGGAACACGUCCAGGAUUCUGGGAAGUCGGUUUAGACCCCGAGUCCGGUAGAGUUGUGGGUUUGUUCUAAUCUUUCUAGGUCUUUAUGGCCGAGGAGAAGACCACUCGCAUGAGCUGCUCUCAACAAGCAACAAGUCUAUGUGUAUCUUCAUCAGAUAGCAUAGAGGCCGCCUGUAAAGCCGUCUCAACACGGAUUACUCUACUCAACGUAGAGAUGAAGAGCACUUAUAUUAUUUGUGUCCGUGGUAUUAGAUCUGGGCUUGCACGUAGAGGUAGACAUAAUAUCUAGUUUGCGGAAGGUAGAAGUGAUGUGGUGUGUAGAUGAAGAAGGAAAUUGUUGUACCUUUAUUCCCUACCCAUUGG